UCCUUUACCCUUUUUUCCUUCCUGGUUAUGACAUGGUUGCAUUUUUGUUGUGUGACAUGGCUCAUUUGGGCAUUGCUUUUCGUGAUUCCUUUUCCCUGGUUGGAAUUGAUUGAAUCCAGAGGUUUGGAUAUGGCAACUUAUGGGCUUUGCUGGAAGAGUAGCUUCUUCCCAUCUGCUGGGACGAGUCUAGAGCCCCUGAGUUGUAGACGCUCGUUCUUAGCACGUAGGACCGUCGUCACAGCAAGCGUUGCUAAAGACGCUGAUGCUAUUGGCAAGCCAAAGCGCUUCUACUGGAAUGUUACGGGAUUCCCCUUUCCACUGGGACCAUUUCUUCAACGAAAGACAGUUCGAAAAGAGGUGAUCAAGGACAGCAUCUGGACUUUUGAGCAAGAGCAAGGGCUUGGGUUCAGCAGUAUCAGCACCAACGUGCGAAUGACUGUGAUCAAGCUUAAGUCUGGGGGCUUGUGGGUGCAUGCUCCCAUUGCUCCCACCAGCGAGUGUCUCCAGCUGCUCAAGGAGCUGCAGAAACCCAUCGAGUACAUCGUGCUGCCAACUUUUGCUUACGAACACAAGGUCUAUGUUGGGCCCUUCUCCAGGAACUUCCCGCGGGCUCAGGUGUGGGUAACACCUGGUCAAUGGAGCUGGCCUCUAAACCUGCCGCUGGAAUUUUUUGGAAUUUUCUCGUCUCGGACGCUACGUGACGAUGGCUCGGUUCCAUGGGGGAGUGAGAUUGACUACAAGAUUCUGAGCUCACCUGAAGUUGGAAUUGGACCUUACGUCGAGGUUGCAUUCUUCCACAAGAAGUCGAGGACGCUGCUCAUGACAGACGCGGUGAUUUACGUACCCGAGAGACCUCCCGAGGUUGUGAGCAGGGAAGCGCUGCUGGCAUCCGCUAGAAACGGCUUGGCCGUCAAGCUGUUGAGCAAAGGCAAAGAGGUUUUGGAUGAACCUGUUAUUGACAACGAUCGAAAUCGCCAGAAAGGAUGGGAAAGAAUGGUGCUGCAAAUACUUUUCCUAGGCCCCUCGAACUUGCUGGAACCAGAGUACUCAUUCUCUCAAGUCUCCAAGCGGCUCAUUGUCUCUCCAAUUGUGAAGACUCUUGUCUUUAGCAAAGUUCCUGAGAAGGUGAGAGACUGGAUAGAUUUCAUCACAGGCUCCUGGAAAUUCCGGCAGAUCAUACCAGCACACUUCGCGGCACCCAUAAGAGCUGGACCCCGGGAGCUGAGAGCGGCCUUUUCAUUCAUCGACGAGCUUUUGGAAGAGGAGGAUGACGACGUCCUUUCGUCGCUGCGACUUGGCUUCUCGAGAUUGUGGAAGAACGCGGGCAGCAUUUUCUCCAGCGAAGACAUGAAAACGCUGUCAUCGCUGGACGAGUUCCUGGUGUCGCUACGAGUGGUAAAGAAGACGGUUUCCAGCAAACUAAGAUAGUUGUUCUUCUCUCACACAGAAAGAAGAAUAGAAGGUAUUGUUUCUUUCGUUUACCAUUACCAAUAAUCUUGGCAGGAGCACCUUCCAUCGUCAAAAUGAUGGAAUC